AUGCACCCAGCGCUCGGCAACCCCCGCUCGGUCUCGUCCUCGUCCGGCUCCUUCCCACCGCCCCCCGCCGCUGCCCGGCUGCAGCCCCUCUUCCUCCGGGGGGGUUCCUCCCGCGGCCGGAGAGGCUCGGGCGACAGCAGCACCAGCACCAGCACCAGCCGGGGGGGAGGCGGCGGCAGACGCGGCGGGGGCGGCGGCGGCUCCCCCAGCAGCAGCACCGGCGCCGAGAGAGAGGACGACGACGAGAGCAUCAGCAUCAGCAAGCCGCUAGUGCCAGCCGCCGCCGCCGGCCUCCCGGGACCCCCGGCUCCGGGGGGCGCCCCAGCCGCCGACCCCGCGCCCUCCGCCUUCUCCUCCUCGGCCGCCACCUCCUCUUCGACCUCCACGCCCACCUCCUCCUGCAGCAUGACAGCCGCGGACUUCGGCGUGGGUGCUGCGGCUGGGGCCGUCGGGGGCCCCGGGGGCCGCUCGGCCGGGGGCGCGGGCGGGACCGGGACCGGCAGCGGCACCUCCUGCUGUUCGUGUUGCUGCUGCUGCGGCCGUCCGGCCCGCUCGGGCCGCAGGGGUCGGCGCCGAGGCUGCGCCCCCAGCCCGGGGUGCCGCUGGGGCUACCAGGCGCUGUCCGUGGUGCUGCUGCUGGCACAGGGCGGUCUGCUGGACCUGUACCUCAUCGCCGUCACCGACCUGUACUGGUGCUCCUGGAUCGCCACCGACCUGGUGGUGGUGGUGGGCUGGGCCAUUUUCUUCGCCAAGAACAGCCGGGGCCGUCGGGGCGGCGCGGCGAGCGGCGCGCACAACCACCACCAGCACCACCACCACGCCGCGCCGCCUCUGCACCUGCCCGCCGCCUCGGCCGCCUCCGCCGGGGCUGCGGCGGGGGCCAAGGCGCGCGGCGGCCCUUGGCUCAUCUACUCCAUCGCCUUCACGCCCAAGGUGGUGCUUAUCCUGGGCACGUCCAUCCUGGACCUCAUCGAGCUGCGCGCGCCCUUCGGCACCACGGGCUUCCGCCUCACCAUGGCGCUGUCCGUGCCCCUGCUCUACAGCCUGGUGCGGGCCAUCAGCGAGGCGGGCGCCCCCCCUGGUUCGGCGGGUCCCCUGCUCCUGCAGCCCCAGCAGCACCGAGCCGCGGGCUGCUUCCUGGGCACGUGUCUGGACCUGCUCGACAGCUUCACCUUGGUAGAGCUGAUGCUGGAAGGCCGCGUGCCGCUACCCGCGCACCUGCGCUACCUGCUCAUCGCCGUCUACUUCCUCACCCUCGCCUCGCCGGUGCUCUGGCUCUAUGAGCUCAACGCCGCAGCGGCAGCUUCGUCCUGGGGCCAGGCUUCAGGGCCGGGCAGCUGUAGCCGCCUUCUGCGCCUGCUGGGCGGCUGCCUGGUGGACGUGCCCUUGCUGGCGCUGCGCUGCCUCCUGGUGGUGAGCUACCAGCAGCCGCUCUCCAUCUUCAUGCUCAAGAACCUCUUCUUCCUCGGCUGCCGCGGCCUGGAAGCCCUAGAGGGCUGUUGGGACCGGGGGAGUCGGGCCUCCCCCAGUCGGGGGAGAGGGGGCUACGGCCCUCCGCCCUCUGCCCCGCCACCGCCACCACCACCACCACCACCUCAGGGAGGCUCCCAGCUGGGCCACUGCAUCUCGGAGAACGAGGGGGGUGCCCAUGGCUAUGUCAAUACCCUGGCCGUGGCGUCCCAGAAUUGAGGAGGGAUAAGGGAGAGGGGCUUGCUUUGGGGUUGAGAGACCCCAGCCCCUUGUCCUUUGACCGUCUCUCACCCAGAUUUCAUCAGGCUCUAUUUGGAAGACGGAACUGUUAAUAGGGCUAAGGGCCAGUGUGUCCUUCUGCACCCCUUGGGUCAAGACUGCUUGGAGGGAGACCAGCAACUAAUGGUGA